ACUUUUGUAUAAUUGAAAGACAGAGCAGCAACAGCUUUAUGCUCAAAGGACAAGCGAGAAGAGAAGAAGAAAACAAACACCGACUUUCAUAGAAAUCGCAGACAGAGAUCCCAUCCCUCCAUCGUUGAAUCUCAUCUCUUAUCUGAGUUUCGAUGCCUUCCCGUAGAAGAACUCUCCUCAAAGUCAUCAUCCUCGGCGAUAGCGGGGUGGGGAAGACCUCUUUGAUGAAUCAAUAUGUUAACAAGAAGUUUAGCAACCAGUACAAGGCCACCAUUGGUGCCGAUUUCUUGACUAAGGAAGUACACUAUGAAGACCGCAUCUUCACUUUGCAGAUAUGGGACACGGCUGGUCAAGAAAGGUUCCAGAGCCUUGGUGUAGCUUUUUAUCGCGGUGCUGAUUGCUGUGUACUUGUCUAUGAUGUCAACUCCGCCAAAUCAUUUGAGGAUCUCAACAACUGGAGGGAAGAGUUUCUGAUCCAGGCGAGUCCAUCUGAUCCAGAGAACUUUCCCUUUGUUGUCAUCGGUAACAAAAUCGAUGUGGAUGGUGGAAACAGCCGUGUGGUUUCAGAGAAGAAGGCUCGAGCUUGGUGUGCUUCAAAAGGAAACAUCCCUUACUAUGAAACUUCUGCCAAAGAAGGCACCAAUGUUGAAGACGCAUUCAUGUGUAUUACCAAGAAUGCAAUGAAGAGUGGAGAAGAGGAAGAAAUGUACAUGCCCGACACAAUUGAUGUCGGAACCAGCAAUCCACAGAGGUCAACAGGAUGUGAAUGCUAAAAGGAUUAUUUUACCUUUACUACUCUCCCCACCAGUUUAUCUCAGUCUCCAAGGUUUUUACCGUCUUGUAAAUCUGUUUUGUUCUGUGGUAAAUUAUUGAAAAAAAAAAAAAAAAACAAACCAUAACGUUGUUGUCUACCGUUGUUGUUAUUGUUGUUGUUGUCCAAUACAUUUAUGAAAAGACUCGAUGGUUUCGUUAA